GUUCUCGAGCCCAACGGGACGGGAAUGGGUAGCGAAGCCGAGAAACAGCUCAAAAUGGCCGGUUGGGCACUGGUGGGGUCACUGAUGCCGACUAGGUGACACCAACAAAUACCAGUUGAAGAACAUCUGCCCCGCUAACAAGGCAAACCGGCAAGUCCGACCCUGAAACGGGAGGGCGAAUGGCGAGUUCCCGGCGCCACAAAACGGGGACCGACGGCUAAGGGACAGAAACCCCAACAGAAAACUCGAUGGAGAAAACCAGCGUUAAAAAAUCCGAAACCCAAGGUGUUACGCGACCCGUGCCGAAUCGUGAAUGGCCACGCGGAGGUGGUCACAAACGGAGCCUUCGGGAUACCAGUCGACGUCCCGGAGUAAGAAGACUUAUCCCUGCAAGCGGGGCUCUGCAGGGAUGGACCCUUAUUUCCCUAGCUACUCGUGGGAUAUAUAUGGAGAAACUAGAGCAAACACAAGUAGAACCAAAAAAAAACGAAGAGGCGAAUGAUUCGGAUCCCUUCAAAAGAAGAGACUCCUUAAAAAGAACUCCUCCUCUGGACAGAGAUCAGGAGGCCUCAGGAGGCGGUGAAGAAUUUCCAAGUGAGGAAUUUUCAAACAUAACGGACAUUUUGGCGGAGAACCCAACUAGAUCGAGGUCUACCUCGGUACCAGAUUUUGACUCGGACAUAGCUAAGAAGCUUGUUGAAGAGUCAGAGGAGAUAGAACAGCACCAGAAAAGAAAGAGAGCAGACAUCACACCGGACAAGGAUAGAAAAGACAAUAAAAGGAGUGGGGAAGUAUUUAAAAAACACUUGGAAAGGUUAUUUAAACAGAUAAAUCUUCUUAACGUAGUAGUAAAAGGAGCGUAUAAACCUAAAAAAGAAAUAUGUGAUAUUUCUAGAACUAUGAGCCUCUGUGCUAGAGAACUACAGAACGAGGAAUUUAAAACGUGGCUCGACGAAGCUACUGACUGUAUAGAAAAUGCUGGUAUGCAGGCUAAAAAAUCAUGCCCCGAAAAACAAGUAGAAUCUAUGCCAAAAAGAGAGAUGUCAACAAUUGGCACUCAAGUAACAGAAAGUGAACUGGAAAAGGAACUAGAAAUUUCUAAAAACGUCAUGAUUGCAACAAUAAAAGACACUCUUAGGGAAGAUAAGGGAUUUAAUGAAAUCUCUCAAGUAUUAAAGGAAGCCUGGCCAGAAGAAGUAUUUAAGUGUACAAAAAUAGACGACACAAACGUAUCUUCGCUCAAUAAAGAAGGUGACAUUGCUGUAAUUGUAGACCCGCAGAACUUAAAAAUGGACAAAACGAUGGGAACGCUAGAGCUGAUUCUCCCUGAGUUAGCCAACUUAAUUAAAGAAAGUGACGACAAAGUUGAUUUUAUCCUAAAUUCAACCAAAACCAUUAAUAAAAACAAGGAAGAAUCUGAAAAAGUCCGUGCUGUGUACACUGUACCAUGGGGAACGAUAGACGAAGAAACAAAAAGUUUAGAGAAACUAUAUACACAGGUGAGAAGCUUAAAAGACGCUAUGGAAAUUCAUCCGACCAGCAGCAUCCACGUGGUCAUCAACGGCGGUAUGCAAAAUGAGAAUCCUAGAAAAAUUUUUGAAUAUGUUUUCGGUGGUAGCAACAUGGAUGUUAUAAUGAUGGGAACAAUACCGAAGGAACCAACCAAGCGAACCUUCAGACCUGGACCGGAAAGGAUGGUUGUUAAGUGCGAAGGUAAAUCAUACGCAGAUAUGUUAAGAGACAUUAAAAACAAAGUCAAUGUAAACAACAUGGGACUCAAUAUAAGAAAUAUUAAAAAGACUGCAAAAGGUGAUCUGAUGUUCGAGCUUGAAGGUGGCAAAAAUGAAGCAAAUAUCCUUAAGGACGAGAUUCAAAAAAAAGUGAAUGCGACCGAAAUAAGAGUGCACAAGCAAGAAACACUGAUACAUAUUAAUGACCUAGACGCGAUUACGCAAGCCGAAGAAAUCCUGGAAUCAAUAGCGAGAGUAAUAGGCCCUGAAAAUAAAAAAUUUGUAACUGUAAAGUCACUUAGACCGAACCGAAACGGGGGACAAGCUGCCACGGUAGCUGUACAAGGAAAGGACCUCGCAAAGAGAAUUACACAUGAUGGCAGGAUAAAAAUAGGCUGGAUAAACUGCCGCCUAAGAGAACGUUAUUCCUUUAUGAGGUGCUAUAGAUGUCUAGAAUAUGGACAUCACACGAAAGAGUGUAAGGGCGAAGAUAAAGCGAAUCUGUGUAGAAACUGCGGUAAAGAGUCCCAUAAGGCAAGUGAUUGUAAAGAAAACCCUUAUUGUUUGACAUGUAAGAUAGAGGGCCACAGAAACGAUCAAAUAAAAUGUCCUGCAUUUAGGGCGUUAAUAGAGGAAAAAUCCGCAGGGGUAAAUAAGAGGAGAGGGCCUAUGGCUAAAUCUAACUAAAUUUUAGAAAUGGAUGACGCCAUCACUUUAAAGGCGCUGCAGGUAAAUCUCGGAAGGGCGCGAGCUGCACAUGAUCUAGCGUUUGCUACCGCAGACAAGGAAAACAUCGACUUAAUCCUAAUUAGCGAACCCAAUAAGAAUAUUCUUAAAAAAGCUGCAUGGAUCGGAGAUAAUAGGGAGGAUGUAGGAGUUUUUUGUCGCAAUAAAAACAUAGGAGUUACAGGUUUUACCAAACUUAAUGGAGCUGUAUGUUUACGUUUAAAAAAA